AAAAUGUCACGUUUUCAUGUUAUUUUAACAGUUCGGUUUCAGCCUGAAUCAUGGUCUUAUGUUUUACAGUUAUUUCUAUCUUUAAAGACCUCUUCAAAUCAUCUGUAGAUGUCUGUUCCACUAAACCACACAGUGAUGUUCAGUGAAGACAUGAAUGAAGUUGAGGAGAAACAUCAGGGUCAGAAACCUCAGCUGGAAAUGUCUUCUAGUAGUUUGCAGAAGAACAAGAAUUUCUCUCCAAAAUGGAAACAAAGAACAGAAGCAGGCGAGCCGUUCACCUGCUCUCAGUGUGGAGAGAGUUUCAUAUACAAAUAUCAUCUUCGUGUUCACAUGAGAGUUCACACUGAAGAGCGACUGUACGAGUGUCCCAAGUGUGGAAAGAGUUUCAAACUCAAAUCAACGCUUGAGGAUCACAUGACAAUUCACACUGAGGCGCGCCGAUACACAUGUCCUCAGUGUGGAAAGAGUUUUAAACAGAAAUCAAAUCUUGAGGUGCACAUUAGAAUUCACACUGGAGAGCAACCAUACAUGUGUACUCAGUGUGGAAAGAGUUUUAAACAGAAAUCAAAUCUUAAGGAGCACAUCACGAUUCACACUGAAGAGCGCCCAUACUCAUGUAAUCAGUGUGGAAAGAGAUUCAAACGCAAAUCAAAUCUUGAGGAUCACAUGAAAAUUCACAGUGAAGAGCGCCCAUAUGCGUGUCCUCAGUGUGAAAAGAGUUUUAAACAGAAAUCAAAUCUUGAGAAGCACAUUAGAAUUCACACUGGAGAGCUACCAUACACAUGUCCUCAGUGUGAAAAGAGUUUCAGACACAAAUCAACGCUUGACAGGCACAUUAGAAUUCACACUGGAGAGCGUCCAUACACGUGUCCUCAGUGUGGAAAGAGUUUCAAACACAAGUCAUCGCUUGAGGACCACCUGAGGGGUCACACUGGAGGGCGCUGAGACACAUGUACUCAGUGUUGAAGGAAGAGUUUCAGACUGAAAUCAGAUUGUGAGGUCCACAUGAGAAUUCACACUGAGAACGUCUUCAGUGUGGAAAGAGUUUUGAUGUUAAUUUACUCAUCGAGAUGUUUUUUGCUGUAACCGGUGAUAUCAAGACCAGUUAAAAUGUGUACAAUUAACAAGACAUUAAUGAGGUUACUGUUUUUAAUUAAAUUCACAAUAAUGUAUCUAUAAAACUUUA